UAAAACAAACUUUGAUGGUAUUUUUCUAAUCUUCAAUCUAGUUGUUUUUUGAGUAAUCUAACAUGGAGCUACGACAAUGAAGAAAUCUAUAACUAAGCAACUAAUCUUCAAUCUUAUGGAACUUUUAAUGGUACAGAUCCAACUCUUCUUUGAAAGAAGGGAAAUAAUCUGUGCAGUGUUUAAUAUUACUUUUAUUUUGCCGUUCAGCCCCUCGAUUCGUGGUGCUCCUCCUCCUCCCGCAAUGCCGCCCCCUUCCGCUUCCGCCAUCGCCACCCGCUUCGCAACCCACUGGAUAGCUGACGCCCUCGCCGACGACGAGUCCUUCGACUUCUCCGUGCUCCAGGAUCUGGUGCGGGCCUCGUCGAAGCCCCUCGCGGGCGCCCCGGAGGCCACGCGCGAGCGGGUCGCGCUCCGGUGCCUCCAGGAGGCGUCAUCCGUGAUAGCCGCUGGGGGUGAUGCCGCGGCCACGGCGGGCGUGCUUAGGGUUGAUGGCGCCCGGUCAUGCGAGGAUGUGCUGUUGCGGCUUAUCAGAGAGGUUGGGAGUUCCAGAGAAUUGGAGAAGGAUUUGCUUCCACCUUUCAGUCAAGACAUCCAGGAAACUAUAUGUACCAAGAAAUCUACACUACCAGAAACUUCUUUCCAGUUGCUAAAAGGACUUGAGCCAUGGAUCACAUCUAUGACCCCACAAUCCCAAAUGGAGCACAAUGACACUGAACAAUGUGACAUUGAUCAGUCCCUGCGCAGCAGCCAUGGAUGUGUAAAUAUAGAGAAGCCUAUGUUCCCUACAGACAAUGCUGAGGUUCAGCAAGAGACUAUGGCAGAUGUAGUCAAUGGAAGUGAAACGGGAAAUGUCCAAAAGGAUCCACCUGCACCAACUUCUGUUUUUCACCAACCGUGUAUGCACGAAAGCAGGUCUUACAUCCCUCCGCAAGAAGAUACUAUAGAUGUUGUUGGUCUAGGCGAUAGGUCCUUAGAAAGGAGUCCUAUUGUGGAGGGGAACAUGUCCAUUGGAUCUGUGCUUGCUUCAGCUGGCUGUGAUGCACCUUUGCAGGGAAGAAUUACUGAGCCCUUUUCCCAGCAGGAUAAACAUGAUCAUACUGCUACAGUUGAACCAAAAUCUUGUAGGCAAAAAUCUCCAAAUCUAUCUCACUGUGCCGAUGGAGAGGGGGCAGAUGAUGGUGGCUCCAGCAAUCAGUCAUCUAAGGUUUCCAUUCAUGAAGGACCGAGUGCUCAUGCCCCAGUAACUUCAGGUUUUGACAGAAUCAGCGGUGUCUUAUCAACAGAUGCAUCUGAACCUGAGCAUUUGUCUGAGUGCAUACCAGCACAGGAUACAUCCAUGAUUUCACAGCUUGACAGCAGGAAAGCUCAUCUGAGUGCUCUGCAACAGGAAAGGGUUGAGAAAGUAAACCAAGGUCCGGAAGAUAUCUCUGCAAAUAUUGGGCCAGUGGAAAAGGAACAUGUUCAUGGGGAUCUGACUUUGCAAUCUGCUAGUGUUUUACUUUCUAUUAGCUGCAAUGGUUCUAAUCAAGGAACUAAAUCUGAAACCAAUCUUCAACCAGGGACUGCUACAGAGGAUAGGAUGGCUUUUGAAGAGCAGAAUGCGGAGAAGUCUCACUUAGAACUCAGUGGUACCAACAAGGCUAAUCAAGCUCUGUUCGAUGAUGGCAGCGUCAUGAAAAAUAAUACGGUUCAUGGUGGGCUGACUGCGCAUACUGCUCCAGUGUCUCAAAGCUGCAGUGUAACCUUACAUGAUAAAACUUCAGAAGCCAAUUGUUUUUCUGAGUGGAAAAAUGAAAAGAACGGUCAAAAAGAUAAUUGCCAUACUUCUAUUCCAGGCUCUUCUCAGGAUGGGGGUGGAGAAAGUGCAAAGAAGACAUCAAAUGAGGUAAACUCUGGGGACACUUCUUCAAAAAUAUGUGUCCAUUCUAAGGAUAAAGACAUUAAUGAUACUCUUGAGGGCUUGUCUCAACAAGAUUUGUGUAUAAAAUGUGGUAAAGUUGGUCAGUUGCUUGAAUGCAGCAGUUGUUCUUUAGCUGCUCAUAAUAGCUGUUUUGGUUCAUCGGUGACAUUUGAAGAGACCAACUUAUUCUACUGCCCAGUAUGCUUCUAUAAGAGAGCCACCGAAGCAUAUAAAAAGGCAAAGAAAACAUAUGGGGAAGCUAGGAAGAACGUUGCUGCUUUCCUUGGCACAAUACAGGUCACCAAGCAACAUAAUGAACAACUAAAUGGAGUUCAACCAGGAGGUGCCAACAGAGAGGAUCAUUCUGACACAUCAAAAAGGACUCAUGAAAAUGAAGUAUAUAAUCUUGCUCAUCAGGAUGAAGAGCCUCAUCAGCAGAUGAAGAAGCAGAAAAUAAAUGCUAUAGGUAUUGAUUAUCGUAAGGAGGUACUCACUGAGAAGGUUCCUUUCCAGAACUCUGGUCCUGCAUCCAUUAAUAAACAUUCAGUGCUCCAGAAUAACGGUAAAACACGAGUUAAGGAUCCAGAGAAAAAGCAGCAAGCGGGAGACGAAGAAGCUCGCAAAGAAGCUGGUAAUGAAAAAUCUCAUGAAACAGGAGCUUCAUCUCAGAGAAGAUGUGAUCCUCCUUCGAAUCAUGACGUUGAGGCUGACCAGGAAGGUAGUCUUACAACUUCUAUCCAAUCUAGUGGUUCUGAUGAAUUAGAAGCUAAAGGAUUGCAAGAGAAGAAGGCAGCUGUAUCAAGUAAAUCUAGAAAAGGUAUUUCAAAGCGGGAUCAACAUAUGCCUACUUCACCAAGAAAAAGAAAUUCUGUACACCUGCAAAAGCGCUAUUCCAAUCCUCUUGCACCACCUGGAAGACGCAAAAAACUCUUUUGGACAGAAGAAGAAGAAGCUGUUUUGAGGGGAUGGCAAAAUUCACUCCACAGAAUAAUGCGCAAAUUCCAUGGAUUCUGAUACUAGAACAUGGCCGUGGUGUGUUUCACAGGACGCGCCUGCCAUCUGAUUUGAGGGUCAAGUGGAGGAGCAUGCAGAGGAAGAAGUGGGCAGGCUACUGAUCUUACACGCCCCCGCGCACGUAGCUGUUGUGUCUCAUGCUAAAUUACUAACCAUACCUUCAUUUCUCUGUGUCCAUCUGCAGAUCUGAUGCCGUUGACAUGGAACACUGACGUGGUACUUGUACAUAGCGAAUGUGCAAGUAGGAAUGGAGGAGGGUUUCUUCUAAUUACUUUUGCAGCCCUUAAUCCUGUAGCACUGACGUGGAUUGGUUGUGGGAUUCGGUGAACCUAGGCCUCCUCUAAUAUGCACGUAGAUGAUGGUAGAGAGAUUGGUAGAUUCAAACCUACGCGAAGAAUUGCCAAUAGAUGACUUUGGCUGCUUCGUUCGUUCAAAUCGCACAUAUAUGUUGCUGCCGUGACUCCAUACCGUGAAGAAGCUUGCCCAAAGUCUGCAGUUUUCUAAACCCCUGGUCAAAAAAGGCACCGAUAAAAUCAUAUCUCCAAGUUGUCAGUUGACUGCAAAACAAAUUAGAUUUUGUUUGGAUACUCUAGUAUUGACCUCAAUCCAUAUAUGUUGAGAUCCAUGUAUGUUGAGGUGGAUUGGGUUGUAAAUUAGUUUAAGUUGUACUCCAAUUUACCUCAACAUAUGUGGAUUUGGGUCAAUACUAGAGUAUCUAAACUAAGUUAAGGUGCAUGUAGAGAUAAAUACGGAUGGAAAACCUCCUUCUGUUUACGUUUCUUGACUCGGUGUAGGUACAUCCUAGUGACUUUAAUAGUAGCCUAAGGCUCUAUUUGUUUGA